AUGAGAGACGCCUCUAACGGCGCGGCAUCUUCUGCCCCGCUGAUGCUAGCAUGGGAUGCUCAAUCUCAAAUUCAUCUUAUCAUUGGAGCCAACUCCUUGGCUGCUGCUCGCUGCGCAAAAAGUUUAGAAGUGGGCGCACGGCCAAUUAUCAUUGCCACCGAAACUGCCGACUUGCAUUUUUCUCUCGCCGAACAUAUCUCGACAGGCGCUGCGCAUUUGAUUUCUCGUGAUUUCGAGGACAGCGACUUGACAAGUCUUGGCCGGGAAGAAGUGGAUGGUGUGGUAGACAUGGUCUUCAUCACUCUGGGUGGCCAGCACGCACUAAGCCGACACAUCUCACAGAAAUGCCGUCGCUUAAGGAUUCCAGUCAAUGUAUCUGACGCCCCCGAUCUCUGUUCAUUCACGCUCCUCUCGACUUAUUCAGACGGACCGCUCCAUAUCGGAAUUACGACCUCCGGCAGAGGAUGCAAGCUUGCGUCGAGACUCCGGCGAGAGAUUGCCGCCUUCCUUCCUAAAAACCUGGGAUCUGCUAUCGAUCGGCUUGGCUCUGUACGAAGGAAACUCUGGGAGGAAGAUCAUGCCGCCGGGCUUAGUGAUGCUGCGCUCGAGGUGGACGACGACGAUACCACAGGCCAGAAGCAUACCUUUAAUAAUUUAGUCACUGAAGGGGACAUGGCAGCAGCAAAGACAAGGCGCAUUCGCUGGCUGUCACAAAUUUGCGAAUACUGGCCACUGCGGAAAUUAACCGCCAUCACCGAUGCCGACAUCAACGAAAUUCUUAAAGCCUACUCAUCCUCCAACCAUAUGAACGAAACAAACGGAGUGAACGGAGUAUCGAAAAAGGGCAAGAUCAUCCUUGCUGGCUCCGGACCAGGUCAUCCAGAUUUACUCACCCGGGCAACAUACAACGCGAUCCAAAACGCCGACAUCAUCCUCGCAGACAAGCUCGUCCCGUCGCCCGUCCUGGAUUUGAUUCCUCGCCGAACAGAGCUUCAUAUUGCGCGCAAGUUUCCUGGAAACGCUGACCAAGCUCAAGAAGAGCUUCUCCAAAUGGGGCUAGCCGCCCUACAGAAGGGACAGCAGGGGGAUCCGUAUCUCUAUGGGCGCGGCGCAGAGGAAUUCGAGUUCUUCCGCGCCCAAGGAUAUCCGCCGGUGGUUCUUCCCGGGAUCACUAGUGCAUUGAGUGCUUCGCUUUUCGCUGAUAUUCCAGCCACACACCGUGGUGUGUCUGACCAGGUUCUUAUCUGCACGGGAACUGGAAGGAAAGGUGCUGCUCCCGAGCCGCCGGCAUAUGUCCCCACCCAAACUGUUGUCUUCUUAAUGGCUCUUCAUCGGCUGUCUGCUCUAGUGGAGGUCUUGACUGAGUACGCACCCGAUGACUUGGAACGUACCCGGGCACUGUGGCCGAAGGAUACGCCCUGUGCUAUUGUUGAACGAGCGUCGUGCCCGGAUCAGAGAGUUAUCCGGUCAACAUUGAAGAAUGUUUGCCAGGCAUUUGAAGCAGCCGGGUCUCGGCCACCUGGACUUUUGGUGGUUGGAGCUAGUUGCCAUGUUCUUCACGGUCCAGGCGACUCGAAGUGGGCCAUUGAGGAGGGAUUCUCUGGGCUUGACGAACUGCACAGCGAGAUACAAGAUCUUGCACUUUCUCAAGAGAUUUAG